CCCAUUCAGUUUAGUUUCCAUUCAUGCCAAACAUAUAUAAGGCACUGGAUUUUGAAAACUAGUAAAGUUAUUGUACAACCAUGGCUUUGAAAACUACUUUCUUGUUGUGUGCCUUCUUGGCCUUGGCAAGUGCUGAUUUGGCCAACGAGGCGAAAGAAGCAAUAGAAGCUCUUAAGGGCGUCGUACAGGACAGAAUUCUCGCUGCUCAUAGCGAUCUCGACAUCGGACUCACCACCUUCCUAACAAAUUCUGAAAAUGUUGCUAGCAACGCCGCUCGUGCCAUACUAGAAUUGCAAGAAACCAUUGAUGCACAGUUGCAAGAAAUCAAAGAUUUGGCACUAGAAGCAGAUAUUAGUAUUUCACCAUGUACGAACGUUCGUGAACAAGCUUUGAACAAAUUGCCUGGUCGUUUGAUUGAGGAACUUGGUAAAUAUGUCAGUGAUGCCAAAGGACAAGCGUCUUCAGCUACCAUCAGUGGAUUUUACCUCGUGGAUAUCCUGAUUAACAAAGUCCAGAGUUUGGACUUCCAGCUGCAUCAGUGUCAGGGAGAUUUGUUAUGCAUUGCUCCUUUGCUUACGGAAGUCGAGAAUCAUAAAGUACAACUGGUACAAAAUGUUGACACCGAGUUUGAAGCUGUUGAAUAUGCGUUGUUGACUUUGAAGCUUAAUGUACAGUCUUAUUCGGACUCGCGAAUAACUACGUAUAUAAGAGACGGAUUCGACAUUGUGAGGACCAUUCGGAACUGCGCAAAUAAUUUAAUUGUUUAAAACAAAUCAUUGUUUUAAUAUACUGAAUGGAAAAAUGAAGUUUUGUGCAAUUAUAAAUUACACUUACACUGA